AUGCCUUCUCUUACUUCGAUCGCUGCCGCGCUGGUGGCGUUACUGCCCACCGCGUUAGCUCAGGCAAACAAGAGCUACGUCGAUUACAACGUUGAAUCGAAUCCAGACCUUUUUCCUCAAUGCGUCGCUACGAUUGAUUUGGGAUUCCCCGAUUGUGAAAAUGGUCCCCUCAGCAAAACCCUCGUGUGUGAUACAUCGGCUCGGGCCCAUGAUCGCGCGGCCGCUCUUAUUUCGUUGUUCACUUUCGAAGAGCUCGUCAACAACACCGGUAAUACAAGCCCGGGGGUUCCGCGACUGGGCCUUCCACCUUAUCAGGUCUGGGGAGAAUCUCUUCAUGGAAUCUUUCACGCCAAUAACACCCCCGAGGGCGAUUGGAGCUGGGCAACGUCUUUCCCUCAGCCUAUAUUGACCAUGGCGGCGCUGAACCGAUCCCUGAUCCACCAGAUUGGAGAUAUCAUCUCUACCCAAGGCCGCGCCUUCAGCAACGUCGGUCGGUUCCCUCUCGAUACGUACUCCCCCAACAUCAACAGUUUCCGCCACCCUGUCUGGGGUCGUGGUCAAGAGACACCUGGGGAAGAUGCCUAUUGCUUAAGCUCUGUAUAUGCAUACGAGUACAUUACUGGGAUCCAAGGCGGCGUGGAUCCGGAUCAUCUGAAGCUGGUCGCAACGGCCAAGCACUAUGCGGGCUACGAUAUUGAAAACUGGAAUGAUCAUUCACGCUUGGGCAAUGACAUGCAAAUCACCCAGCAAGACCUUUCGGAGUACUACACACCGCAGUUCCUCGUCGCAGCCCGUGAUGCCAAGGUCCGCAGCGUGAUGUGCUCCUACAAUGCGGUAAAUGGCGUACCCAGUUGUUCGAAUUCCUUCUUCCUGCAGACUCUCCUCCGGGAGACGUUCGGUUUCGUCGAAGAUGGCUAUGUGUCGGGCGACUGUGGAGCUGUGUACAACGUGUUCAAUCCUCACCAGUAUGCGGCAAACGAGUCUGCCGCAGCUGCCGAUUCCAUCCGGGCGGGUACCGAUAUUGACUGCGGAACCUCCUAUCAAUACUACUUCAGCGAGUCUUUCGAUGAGAACCUGCUGUCACGGCAAGACAUCGAAAAGGGGGUCAUCCGCCUGUACACAAAUCUCGUGCGACUGGGCUAUUUCGAUGGCAAUAGCAGCAAGUACCGUGACUUGACCUGGUCCGAUGUCGUGAAGACGGACGCUUGGAAUAUUUCCUACGAAGCUGCAGUUGAAGGAACUGUGUUGCUGAAGAAUGAUGGGACUCUCCCACUUACGAACUCGACUAGUAGUGUUGCACUUAUCGGUCCGUGGGCCAACGCAACGACGCAGAUGCAGGGUAACUAUUUCGGACCUGCCCCUUACCUAACAAGCACUUUGGAUGCACUCGAGGCCUCGAACUUGGACGUGAACUACGCUUUCGGCACCAACAUCACCUCCGACUCCGAUGAGGACUUCUCCGAAGCACUUGCGGCUGCACGGAAAUCGGAUGUUAUUAUCUUCGCUGGCGGCAUUGACAAUACCCUAGAAUCGGAGACCUUAGACCGACUUAACAUUACUUGGCCCGGCAAGCAGCUGGACCUAAUUGAUCAACUAAGCCAGCUGGGAAAGCCGCUGAUUGUGCUUCAGAUGGGUGCCGGGCAAGUCGAUUCCUCAUCACUUAAGUCCAACAAGAAUGUGGGCGCUUUGCUUUGGGGAGGAUAUCCAGGCCAGUCUGGUGGCCAAGCCUUGCUGGAUAUCAUUACUGGCAAACGCGCCCCGGCCGGUCGUCUGGUCACCACCCAAUAUCACGCCAAGUAUGCGGAAGAAUUCCCUGCCAUAGACAUGGGUCUCCGACCAAACGGAAGCAAUCCGGGACAGACUUACAUCUGGUAUACGGGAACCCCUGUCUACGAGUUUGGCCAUGGCCUCUUCUACACGACCUUCCGUGAAUCAGGGAGCGGCGCCAGAAACCGGUCGUCCUUCAAUAUUGACGAUCUUCUCACUCAACCCCAUCCUGGUUACGCCACGGUCGAGCAGAAGCCAUUCCUCAAUUUCACUGCCCGUAUCACCAAUACCGGCAACACGGCCUCGGAUUAUACGGGGAUGUUAUUCGCCAACACUACCGCCGGGCCUGCGCCGUACCCCAACAAAUGGCUUGUUGGAUUCGACCGCCUCCCAACUUUGGAGCCCAAGUCCUCUCAGACUUUUGCAGUCCCGGUGACCAUCGAUAGCGUGGCGCGCACCGACGAACAGGGCAAUCGGGUUCUUUACCCGGGUCGGUACGAACUGGCCCUCAACAAUGAGCGGUCGGUGGUGCUUCCAUUUACCCUGACAGGCGAGGCAACCGUUAUUUCGACGUGGCCGUCGGAGCAUCAGCAGAUCUCCGGUGCAUAGUGGGAUGGAUUGACCGGGGACAAUGCAUUGC